AUGGCAACGCGGCCGCAAACGCCGGCGUCUCCCAAGAACGUCAAGAUCAACUCGCCCGUCCAGGGCAUUCCUGUGUUUGGCUGUGAGCAUGCGCAACGUCUCCUGAGCCUGAGCCAGGAGACUACGAAUACAUGUAUACAGCACUACAAGGCCAUCCUGCGCUCCAUCUUCGACAAUGUCCCCAUAAUCCCUCAGAUGCGCAAGGACUCGGACGGCAAGGUCAUCAGUACCCUGACCAGCAACUACCUCUGCUUGCAGUGUCCGGCCAUUGAGAAGGAGGAGACCAUGGCGAAGCACGGCACCAAGAAGAGCCACCGUUUCUUCAUCGACUCUAGGAGUGGGUCGCUGUUCUGCCAAAUGUGUGAUGACUUCGUUUGGGACCCAACUUUGGAGGAUCUCAGGAACCGCAAGAUUGACACAGGCACCUUUUCUAGUGAGACAAAAUUUCGUCGCAAAAGGAAGUACGAUGAGCUUCUGGCGGAGGCCAUUAAGGAGGACCCCAAGAUCAUUACCGCAAACACCAUCAUGCCGUCCUGUAGGGCAGACGGAUUGCGUGGUAUAUACAAUGCUGGCGCAACCUGCUACCAGAACGUCAUACUUCAAAGUUUCCUGCACAACCCCAUCCUGCGGAACUUCUACCUGAGUGACGGUCACUCGAGCAGUAACUGCGAAGUACCGCACUGCCUUAGUUGCGCGAUGGACGACAUGUUCCAGGAUUUUUGGGGCUCCGAGGUUACUAAUGGUUACACGGCAGCGAAUAUCCUAUCGAGCUUCUGGAUAUCAGAGAACAAGGCAUUCGAGAACCUGGUGACGACAAAGGAGCAGGAUGCUCACGAGUUCUUCCAGUUUCUGGCCGAGGAACUGCACGAGCGUAAUGGCGACGGCAAGAGGCCGGAGAUUGGCAGUGAACACAGCUGCAACUGCAUCAUCCACCAGACAUAUUACGGCAAAUUACAGACCACGACGACAUGCCAGAACUGUGGCGGCGUUACGAACCAGGUACAGUCAUUUCUGGACCUCAGCGUGGGCCUGGAGAACCUGGCACAGAAGCGGGGCAAGAAGGCAAGCCAUGGCAAGACCUCCAUGACCCUGCAGGAAUGCCUCGAGGACGAGUAUGUCAAGUCGGACAAGUGCGAGUACCGCUGCAACAAGUGCGACGGCACCCAGCAGGCGAGGCGAAACACCAGCAUCAAGAGGCUGCCCAACGUCUUGUCUAUUCAGCUAAAGCGGUUUGAGUUCCGAAAUGGGACCCGGGACAAGAACGCGGAUGCGAAGGAGACAUACGAGCUGUCGAGAUCGUGCACGUACGACCUCAUGUGCGCCGUCGUGCACGUUGGCGAAAUCGACACCGGCCAUUACAUCUGCUACUGUCGUGUGGGUGAACAGUGGUUCACUUUCAAUGACCACCGAGUGGAGUUGGCUUCAAAAGCCGAUGUACUGGCUGCCAAGGCAUAUCUGCUGUUCUACAUCGUCCGGACUUUAGCGUGA